CUCGAUCACACCUGGACCAAGGGCAGGUCCGACAUCAUGUCGACAUGUCGCAGGAAGGGAGGCACAGGAGCGACGAACCAUCCUCUUCCUUCCCGAUAUCCUCUCCUACGUUUUGGACCGAGGCUGUCAGAGCUGCGAGUCCACUCUGGGAUCAAUCGACACAGAGCGGCAAACGAUGUCUCGUGGAUGUAGAAGCAAGUGAAGAGGUCGUAGCGGACUCAGGCUGGGAUGAGUCAAAAGAAAGAUUGCACGAAAGCAAGAGGGCUCGGUCAAGCUCGCCUUCACCCACGACUACUCUCUCGUAUCUUCCGAAUCGACUGGGUCCAUUCAUUCAAGACGAUCCUCAUGCCUACCUCGCGAAUCCAGAGUAUGCACCGAAUGCAUUUGGUGACAUCGGUGACUAUAUGCGAAAGAAGGAGAUCAAGGUUCAAACGCAGAACAGGGACAUAGCUCUGGCAUCAGCUGCCGAAGGAACCCCACAGAUCUUUGCUGGACUAUCAUUUUAUAUCAAUGGGAAUACUCAUCCGCCGAUGGAAGAGCUCCGCAAGAUGAUCCUUCAACGUGGCGGCGAAGUCAGACCGGUUCUGAGGAGCAAGGGAAUGGUCAAAUACAUCAUCGCGCCAAUGCUUACCCUGCAGAAGUUCAAGCUUUUCCAAAACUACAAGGUAGUUCGUGAAGGUUGGAUCACGGAGAGUUGCAAAGAGGGCAAGCUGCUGGAUUGGUCAAGGUGGAAAUUGCAAGUUCAGGGAGGCUGGGAAGAGAGUAGUAGGAAAGGGCUUGAGGGCUUCUUGGGCGGCAGUCAGGCUGUCAGAACAGAGGAUCUCAAGCCACAGGAGUUCGAGCCUUCCAAUCCAGCUCCAAUCCCGAAGACGGAGGAUGAGGUUGAUCCGCACGCGGCAAAAACCAUUGAGCCCAUUGCACUCGCCUCAGCAACUCAGAGUCUCUUGCGACCUGUCAGAGCGACGCCGAUCCCCAUCAGUCCAGGUGCCAUCAAGCCUGAGUCUCCCGCCAAGGAACCCGUCCUGACCAAGAUUCACAAACCGGAGGGUGUCUGGGAACACUACUAUUCAAAAGACUCCAACGUAGAUGCUGCGAGACUUAUGAAGGAUCAAGAGUGGCGGUUGAAGAACACAGCCGAGCGAGGGAACGAGGGCGGAUUCAUUGACGGAUAUUAUCAAAACAGUCGACUGCAUCAUCUGUCUACAUGGAAAGCAGAACUCAAAGUGCUCGUUGCUGCUGCUCAAAAGCAAUCUGAAGAGCAAUCUCUAGUCAAGCCGUCUACAUCUUCGUUGUCACCGUAUACACUGUCAACAUCCACACUACCCCGUACUGCUCAAAUCUCGCCUGUCGCUAGGGACAAGAUUCUUUUCCACGUCGAUUUUGAUUGUUUCUUUGUGUCUUGUGGUAUUGCCAGUCGUCCGCAUCUGAAGGGCAAACCCGUCGUCGUUUGUCAUUCUCAAGCUGGAAAGGGCGCUUCCAGCACGUCGGAAAUUGCCAGUGCAAGCUACGAGGCCAGAGCGAAGGGAGUUCAGAAUGGUAUGAGCUUGGGUCGAGCGAGAGCAUUGGUUGGCAACGACCUCCAAACGAUUCCCUAUGAAUUCGACACGUACAAGAAAUUCUCCCUCGCCUUCUAUACCGUUCUCAUGGCGUAUGCGGAUGAGCUCCAAGCAGUCAGUGUGGACGAGGCAUUGAUAGAUGUUACGUCCGCCGUCGCUGCGAGGGCCCUGGUUCCUGAGGAGGCAUUCCCUCCGGACGAUACAAGCAGUAGCAUCCGCCGGCUCAGAGAUCCUGCCGUAGAGAUCGCGGAGCAUAUCAGGGAUGAAGUCCGCAAGCUGACUGACGGCUGCGAAGUUAGCAUCGGUAUCGCACACAACAUCCUACUCGCCAAGCUAGCUACGAGAAAGGCUAAGCCGGCUGGAGUUUUCCAUCUCGAGCCUGACAAAAUUCCCGAUUUCAUUGCCCCACUAGACGUCGAAGACUUUCCCUCCAUCGGCUACUCCAUACGUCGAAGAAUAGAAGACAAAUUUGGAACUUCCAAGUGUGGAGAGUUGCUCCAACACUCUCAAGGGGCUUUCAAGGCUCUACUGGGUCAGAAGACUGGCGAGAUGGUCUAUGGCUAUCUAAGAGGUAUCGACAACAAAAGACUGGAGCCGCAUAAAGAGCGGAAGAGUAUCAGUGCUGAGAUGAAUUAUGGCAUCCGUUUCCAGAAUCAAGAGCAAGCCGAGAUCUGCGUCAAGGACCUCGCCGCUGAAGUGUCAAAACGAAUGAAACAGGUUAAUGCCAAAGGCAAACUGCUCACAUUGAAACUGCUAUCAAGGCACCCCGAUGCCCCUAUCGAGCCGCCGAAGUUCCUCGGCCACGGCUGGUGCGAGACGUACAACAAGUCCUCCCCGAUUCAUAACAAGGGAGGGUCCGCAACAGACGAUGCCGAGAUCCUCGGAAUUGAGGCGAUCAAGCUUCUGCGAGCGAUGAGACUGGAUCCCGCGGAGCUUCGAGGGGUCGGUAUACAGAUCACAAAACUUGACGGGGAGAAACCAGUAGAACGCGAACCUGGACAGGCUGUACUAAGCUUUGGCUCCAAAGUGCAUACCAAGUCGGAACCCGGCACACCCGAUCGAGAAAUCUCCAUAAACAAGGGAGAGAAUCUGGAGUCUAGUCCGAAUAUGAUUGACGAGCCGACUCGACAAGGAUCAAGUCCUUUGGCCGAAUCACCUUCAAUCUUUCAUGACCCAAGAUCGCCCAGUCCCGAGCAUCACCCUGCGAGGCCCGCAAACCCAUCACCGCCCCUCACUCGAAGGCGAUCUGCAAUUUUAAACCACCACAAUGCCGAAGCUGGGCCGUCUCGUCUCCAAGAGUCUUCAGACGGCAUUGAUGCUGAAUUCUUAGCAGCCUUGCCGCCUGAGCUAAGGCAAGAGGUCAAACGGGACUUUGGGCGAUCUCGACAAGCGGCACGAGCAGUCGAACCUCCUGCACCGAAACCGACACAUGCACCCGUGCCUGCGAGAACGAAGGGAAAGAACUCGUUUGCCCAUAUCACCAAGCAGCUGCGCCCGAAAACUAAGACCCAGCUCAAAGCCUCUGCUAUAGCCGAUCUCGAGUUGUACGGUGCGUGGGCGAAGAACCAGGAUUCGAACCAGGCCUCGAAGCCCACCAGCGAUGCGAUUCAGCAGGACCGUCAGGAAGUUGUCUCUGUAGUCAGUGACGAAGAAGAGGAUUCCACAAUUGGGAGAUACAGAACAUCCGAGUUGCGUGAGAUCGGGAUCGAUCCUGAAGUAUUCGGCGAGCUACCAGAAGACAUGAGGGAUGAGAUUGUUGCAGAGGAGCGGAGAAAGGUCCAGCAACGCAAGAUUCUCCAUCGACCAGCAGAUACCUCCCGCGCUCGAGCAAGAGCCACCGGAACGGGCUACACUCGAACCGCCUCACUCUCACCAUCAAGGACAUCCCGAGCAGGUUCGAUACCACCUGUAGGGAAACCUUUAGCCUCAGUAUCUUUGCCUGCAAAGCCUACAUUGCUUACGGCGACGACAUUACCAGACGUGCUUGAAACAGUCACAAAGUGGAUCGAAAGUCGAGAGGGAGCGCCACCCGCCGCGAAGGACGCAGCUAAAGUCAAGAAGUAUCUCGUCAAAUGUAUGGACCCUCUAUCUGGGGCAACGGGAGUUGAAAUCGUGGUCGAAGUCCUCAGGUGGAUGAGGACUUUGAUUUCGGAACAAUGGAUGCACUCUCUACCUGGUCGUUCUGGAGAAGAUGACCCCGGCAGUCAAUGGUGGGCGGUGUGGAGAGACUUUAAGGGCGAGAUGGAUCAAUUAUCGAUCAACCGUUUUGGAGCUACAUUGCGGAUCUGAUUUAAAACAUCUCCCCUUUCCUACUUGGAUAUCAUCGAGAGCAGGGUUUCCAAUGUAUCUUCAGAACAAUGGACCUGCCUGUUCUCGGUCUUCUGCACAAGGGUUUUUGAUCCCUCACGGGUCUGCGCAGAGCCAGAGCUGACCUCGUGGACUUUGAGCUGGACUGCGUGAAUUAUGGCUGACAGAAUGUUGCUGUUUUGCAGAAUAAGUUCAAGGUCAGAGCAUCACUUUCACCAGUCAUUGGGAGCCAUCAAAUAUAACUAACCAUGGCACGAAUCGUCAGAUCAUUUCCAAGGUGGAUCGCGACGUGCGCUCGUAUGCAUUCAAGAGAACGCG